AUGCCGGAUGAGGUGGAGGCUUUUUAUGGGGAGAUGUAUUCCGCAGAUCGGCCCAUCCAGAUCGAGGUUUUGCUCCGGAUCCCGCGCUGGGGGGAAGCUGGGGUGACGUUGUUGAAUACGAAUUUGGGGGAGGUGGUCGAAGCGGCUGAGGGGCUUGGCGCUGUUGCGAGUCAUUGGCGGGAUUUGGUGGAGAGUUGUAGUUUUGGUCUUGAUAGUGAGGACGAGGGAAACGGGGAUGAGAUGGAUAUGGAUGUGGAAGAAGAGGAUGGUGAAGAUGGCAUGGAUAUCGAGGAAGAGGAAGCUGAAGAUCCGAGAGCUUGUACUUGCGUCUUUGAGCUCGGUGGCAAUGACUGCGAUCAGCAUUGGGACUGGAAGGAUUUCUUGGGCAGCGAGCUGGCUAAGCUGUGCGUUAACCGACCGACUGUUGAUGGCGAAGAUAUCUGGGGAAGCGAUAUGAUCCGGACUUGGAGUGAUUGUGGAAGUGAGAGGUGA